GAAAUCGUGCUCUCCUGGAAGAAUGGUGAAACUGGGGAAUAAUUUCAGCGAGAAGAGCACAAAGCAGCCGCUGCUGGAGGAUGGAUUUGACACCAUCCCCCUGAUCACGCCCCUGGAUGUCAAUCAGCUCCAGUUCCCACCUCCCGAUAAGGUUGUGGUCAAAACAAAAACAGAAUAUGAGCCUGACCGCAAGAAAGGAAAAUUCCGUGCUCCUAAAAUAGCUGAAUUUACAAUCAGCAUCACUGAAGGGGUUUCAGAAAGAUUUAAGAUAACUGUGCUGGUCCUUUUUGCCCUUGCAUUCUUAACGUGUGUUGUAUUUCUGGUAGUCUACAAGGUUUACAAGUAUGAUCAUACCUGUCCAGAAGGAUUUGUUUUCAAGAAUAAUCAGUGCAUUCCAGCUGGAUUGGAAAACUACUACUCUGAACAAGACUCCAGUGCUCGAGGGAAAUUUUACACAGUCAUAAACCACUACAAUCUGGCCAAACAAACCAUCACGCGAUCAGUGUCUCCAUGGAUGACAGUACUGUCAGAAGAGAAACUGUCUGAGCAGGAGACUGAAGCUGCUGAGAAAUCAGCGUAAUUAUGAUAAGCUAAUUAUUAACAAUAUGUCAUUUGAAGGUAACUAAGGGACUUUAAGGAACUUUUAAUUAUAAUUAUGAUAAUUUAGAGGUUGCUCAUGUUUAUGGUGCAAUUGCUUCUGUUUGCUGAUACUGCUUUGCAAAAAAACAAACAAAAACUUGCUGCAGACCAUUCAUGGGCAUAAAACAAGGUGCAUAUCAGCAUUGCUUUAGAGCUUUGACACCAUUUUCAAUGUUAAAGAAAUCCAGUGUUAGAUAUGGUCUUGCAAUUUAUUGGAUGCUGACAGAUUUCGUCAUGGAAUUUUCAGGACUUGAAACUUAGAUAAAUCAUGUGUUCUGUUGUCUGAACUGACACUUUAUUUAUUAAAUUUUUUUUGUAUUGUUGGUCAUUUUGCAAACUGAAACACCACAGCCAUAACUAGAGUGAUCUCUUGUUUAGCUAAGAGCUAUAUUUAUAUUAUUUGAUUUUUUUGCUCAAGCAAGAAUGAUGAUCAACAGUGAUAUCAAGGGCAAAAUGAUUGGUAUGGAGAAAAAAAAAAAAAAAAAGGUCAGGUAGCAUUUUUCUUACGUUUCGUUACUGUUGUUGAUUUGUAAGUGAUAAUGAAGUUCUCUGCAACAACGCAUGCUCAAUGUUUUAUUAUUGCUGUCAACAGAAUUUAACUGCAUUUCCACUGUGGCUUUAGCAUCUUGCUAAGGAUGUGCACUGAAACACGAACUAGAUACGACACUAUGGAAAAACACAAG